AUGCUGAACUGGGCGAAAAUGGUACGUAGUUUGCUGAUGACAACUCGUGCGGCAAGUGUUCGCAGACUGUUUACUACUGGGUAUUUUGAGUGGUCGUCGAUGAGGACCAUUGCAUACUUGCCAUCAAGAAAUGGUCCAGCGAAGUCUAGAGACAACUCAGUCCAAGGACACUCCGGUAGUUUGGACGCAGGCAGUGGAUCGCGGUGGCGUUCAGGUGUUGCCGCCUGGCAGGCAAUACAGCCCUUCAGAACACUGUUCACGAUCUUGUCUACCCCAAUGAACCAGACUUUGCUUCGCAGCAGUUGUUUUGUUUUGGUGAAUCCUUGGUGUCCCUUGUGUGCUAGGUGGACUGCCUUAUGCUGUAGGUUGGUAGGUAUCACGAUCCGCGGCCCUCGCAGGAUCAGUCCUUCUCUGGACAGGCUGAGCUCACUCAUUACUCGGGAAAAUGGACGGAGAAGUUCAUCCAUCUUGGCAUUUUUGUCGAGUUGCGGCGGCAGUUGCAAGGCUUUGGUCACCUUGGUCGGCCGGGGGUCUGCCUUGGUUUCCUUUAAGACAUUUUCCAAGGUCAUGGCGCAUGGUAAGCUGUGCUGUAUCAUGCAGGCGACGUAG